GGAGCCCAGCAUCUCUAAGCCCAAACACCAGUCCAACAACCGAGCGAGAAAAUAAACAACAAUUUCCAAAUAAAAAUAAAAUAAAAAUUAAAAAAAUUGACAAUUUUCUUUCACAGACCUUUUCCGUUUCGUUUGGUUUCUUCCUCUUUUUUCCUUUUCAGUUUUUGGGUUUAGACACGGUCUUCAUUCUUCAACAGAGAGUCUAAUAUCUCUUUUUCUUCUUUUAUGUUUCUUCUUCAUCUCGUUUUUCCUAAAACACAGUGAAUCGAUCCAUUGUUUUCUUCAAUUCCGACUGAAAUGGCCGAUCAGUUAGCGAGGGCAGAGGAUUUCGAGAAGAAAGCUGAGAAGAAGCUUAGCGGUUGGGGCUUAUUCGGUUCAAAAUUCGAAGAUGCUGCUGAUCUCUUCGAUAAAUCUGCAAAUUCAUUCAAACUCGCUAAAUCAUGGGACAAAGCAGGAUCAACCUACCUAAAGUUGGCGAAUUGUCAUUUGAAGUUGGAAAGCAAGCACGAGGCUGCACAGGCUUAUGUUGAUGCUGCACAUUGCUAUAAAAAGACUAAUAUAAGUGAGGCUGUUACCUGUUUAGACCAUGCUGUGAAUCUUUUAUGUGAUAUUGGUCGACUCUCUAUGGCUGCUAGAUAUUUGAAGGAAAUUGCAGAAUUGUAUGAGUCUGAACAAAAUAUUGAGCAGGCUGUUGUUUACUAUGAAAAAUCAGCUGAUUUUUAUCAAAAUGAAGAGGUGACAACUUCUGCAAACCAGUGCAAGCAGAAAGUGGCCCAAUUCGCUGCUCAGCUGGAACAAUAUCAGAAGUCUAUUGAUAUUUAUGAAGAGAUUGCACGCCAAUCUCUAAACAAUAAUCUGCUGAAAUAUGGAGUUAAAGGCCAUCUUCUUAAUGCUGGCAUUUGCCAACUCUGCAAAGGGGAUGUUGUUGCCAUAAACAAUGCAUUGGACAAAUAUCAGGAAUUAGAUCCAACAUUUUCAGGAACUCGUGAAUAUAAAUUGUUGGCGGAUGUUGCUGCUGCAGUUGAUGAAGAAGAUGUUGUAAAGUUUACUGAUGUUGUCAAGGAUUUUGAUAGCAUGACCCCUCUGGAUUCUUGGAAGACAACACUUCUUUUGAGGGUGAAAGAAAAGCUGAAAGCCAAAGAACUUGAGGAGGAUGAUCUCACAUAAACUGUAAUCCACAUUCUGUUGGUUGGACAUAAUAUUUGAUGAUUUACUUUUGUUCUAUGCCUGUCUGUCAUGUUGUUAUGCCCUAUACAUGUAUUUUAGAGUGUACUUGCUUUGGUUUCAAUUGAAUCAGUUGGACUGAAUUCAACGAGGUUUCUUUGAGUAUGAGUGAAACUACUAUGAUUUAUUGUUUACACAUUUUCAUGCGAACCUCAGUGUAAUGCUAUAUAAGUAGAGAACGUGGUUGGACAUAAAAAAGUUGUCAAA